UCUACCUCACACACAUCUCAUCCACACCCACACCCAAGGAUACCCUCCCUGCCUCUCUGCCUCCGUCUCUCUCACACCAGUCCUUCUCCUCUUCCCCUAAUCAACCCCUGCCUUUUCUUUCCAAAAAAAAAAAAAAACCCAAAACAACCCCAAAAAACAAAAUCCCCUCUGGUGAGGAGAUGCUUGCCUGACCCCCCCUCCCCUUCCCCUUCCUCCUUUCUCUCUUCCCAAUCUGAGACUUUUUGUGGAUGCUCUCCUCUUUCAUCUGCUCUACUACUUUGUUACUACCUGUGGAGGAGGAGGGUCCCUGGUUCUUCUUCAGCCGGCCGUCGUGCAGAGAGCAGCCCCGCGGAGAGGCAGCAUGCUGGGGAUGGAUGUGUGUGAGUUCGGGGGUCAGGUGCUGGAGCUGCUGUGGAUAACUAUGUGCUACAGAGGUCUGAUGUCUGAAAAGGAGGAUUUACCUAUUGAGGAUGACGAGGAUGAAAGAAACCUCAACUACAAUCCUCCGGCCCAGAAGUCUUUGGGGGAGAUUCAGGAAUUGGACAAAGAUGACGAGAGUUUGGUGAAAUACAAGAACACCCUGCUGGGGAUCCUGCCAGUCGGGACAGAUGCGUCGUUGCAAAAUGUGCAGGUGACCAGACUGACCCUGUUGUGUGACGACACGCCUGGACCAAUCACCAUGGACCUGACAGGAGAUCUCGCUGCCCUGAAGAAGAAGAGCUUCACCUUAAAGGAGGGAGUGCAAUACAGAACAAAGAUACACUUCAAGGUGAACAGAGAUAUCGUCCCUGGUUUGAAGUACCACCAAGUGACCUCAAGAAAAGGAGUACGAGUGGACAAGGAGUCGUACAUGGUUGGAAGUUACGGUCCCCGGGUGGAGGAGCAUGAAUAUGUAUCCCCCCUCGAUGAGGCGCCCAAAGGCAUAUUAUCACGUGGCUGCUAUCAGAUCAGGUCCCGCUUCAUCGAUGACGAUAAGACGGUCCACUUGGAUUGGGAGUGGAACCUGAACAUCAGCAAGGACUGGGAUGAAUAGAAGCAGAGAUCAUGAGAGGGAAAGACACUUUUCCUUUCCCGACUUUCACUCCAGUCUUUUUUUUUCUCCUGCUCUUUGUUCCGCCUCAUCCCUCUCUGCUCCUCCUUGUGUAUUUAAUGCAGGUCUUAUAAAACCCUUAAGCAACCGGGACGUUUAGACAAGAGAAAACAACCUCUCUUUGUCUGUAAUAUCGGCAUUAUAUCCCUCCUUCUUCUACAUCUGUCUGUGUGUUCUGAAGUUUUUGGGUUAAAACUGUCCUGUCAGUUUCAGGUUUUCCCACUGUCCUUUUCAUUCCUGUCCGACUUUCAUGCAGCAGCAGAGGAUGAUGGUUAAAGGAAGCCAGUUGGGGCACAGAUCUAUAAAAAUGGACACAUGCAUAUGCUGUACAUGGCACAGCCUUAGAAUAAGUUAGUGAAAUAUAAUUCACAUAACAGCAAACUGCAAAGCGGCUGUAGUGACCGUCAACAUUAGCCUGAAAGAUCAGUUUACUGUCUGUAAUGUAAAGCCAUUAUAAACUGCAACAUUGUUCAGUUAAUUGAGAGAUGGACUGAAAUGUGUGCAGUAAAUUUACAACAUUUAAUCUGUUUAACAGACUUUCCCAAAGAGAUGAGACAGAGAAGUCAGUUGCAGGGUGUGGAAAAAUGGAGAAAAGCAAUGAAGAAAUAUGGUUCAAAAGGCUGAGUUUUUGUUUGCUUUUCCAUACUUCUGUAUUUUAUCAGGUCAAAAAUGUAACUGCUAAAGGCAGUUUAUAUAUUAUGUCUGUAUUCUUGAGUUAUGUAUUGUCAAAAGUCACAAAUUGUUGGAUUUGUUUAUUGAUUAUACAACUGUUUGCUUUUCUGUCAAUGGUUUUAUCUUUAAGUUACAUUACUUAAAAAACAAAAGCACACACAUACACAAACAGUAUCACUUUCAACUACAGUUUCAGUUCAAGACGUAAAAGAAUAAUAAAACUCUGGGAUGUGAGGAUAUAAAAUCAGAAUCACGUAUUCUUUGCAAGAUGUUCCCUAAACUCCAGCUUUUCUUGUGUUAAAAGUUCUGUUUGCAUUUCAACUGAGUCUUUGUGGAGCUUUUGGAAAAAGCAGACCAACUAAAGACUGUAACUGGACUGUGUAUAUUGUAGAAAGACAUGCAUGUAUGUUCUUUAGGAUUUGAUACUAUUCAUUCAGCAAAAAAAUGAACAAAAUUAGCCCUUUUUAAACCUCUCUGGUAUAGGACACAUUAUGUGAAUAAAAGUCAGCAUUUAGCUCAAAGAUAAUGAGAUGGAAACAGAGAAACAUGUUAAGGGAUUGAUUAUUCUCCCCUUAAAUAAACAAUAAUAAUAAUAAUAAUAAAAAGAUCUGUACUGUGUUAAAUCUUUGGAUAUGAUAUUGUCAUUGUUGCUGAACAUAUCGAACAUUGAAAUAACAUUUGAAUUCAUUGUGAUCUAAGACUAACUGUAGAUGUUGGCUUGUUGGGUGUUGCAUGGUUUAGCAAGAUUCUCUCUUUCUUUUUUUUUUAUUGUAAAGUUUAAUGUGAUUAAAAGAAAAGAUACUGGCACAAAAUCCAGAUGUCAUCGGUUGCCAUUUCAUGCAGAUUCAGUAUUUACAGGGAAACUUCUGAAGGCGCAGAAAACUGGAAACAGAUGUCUGUGUCUCACGCCUCAACCUGUAACGACGAAGCGCUGCAUCUUCAAUGUUAAUGUCAAAGCUAGUCAUGUAUCCUGUAUCUUUUAAUAAAGGCAACUCAAACAAA